CAGCCAUUUGAUUGAGGCAGGGGAAUGAAAAGUAGAAAUGUUUAGCGUAUGUGUAUGUAAAUGUGGACCCAAUUCGGGAUAACCACCAGCGGAGGAACAACAGACAACCUCAAGCGGCCGCACACACACCCUUAGUAGCGCGGGCAAAAGGGCACACAUUAUUAUUAUUUUCUCCUUCUCUCCGUCAUCCAUUGCUGUGUGUGGUGCUGUCACAUCGUGUGUGUGUGUGUGUGUGUGUUUAUGUGUCUCAGUGUGUGCCGUUGCCUCCCCAAAGAUCGGUGGCGCGUUUGUCGUGUGUGUGUGUGUUUGUGUGUGCCUUGGCCUUGAGUUUGCUCCGGCAGGGCCUUGACCCGGUGCCGCCGCGUGCAAACAAGAACUGAACCGAAGAAGCAGAGAAGAGGCAUCCCGCGUGAGCGUGCGAGUGACAGGGAUGGCACACAGACACACACACGAGAACCAUGGGCGCAGGAAAGGAAAACAAAGCCGCAAAACGGAAGAAUGGCACACAAACACUGGGAAGCAGGAGCAGUAGCAGCAGCCGCGUUCUGUUCUGUGCAGCCUGUUCCGUCGAUUGGUUGGCAGUGAUGAUCCGUUUCUAUUGGAUUUGUUUCUUUCAUGUAAAUGUUCUUCAAACGUCAAUACCGUUCCCUGGCAGGCCGGAGGAACAAUGAAAGCAACAACAACAACAACAACAACACGGCAAACCAAUACACCAACAACACCUGACACAGUGACACCGUACAUUGCCGCCUACUAGAGCGUGUUUCGCGUGUGUGUGAGUGUGUGCGUGGACCUGGUUUCAAUACUGUCAUCGUCCCUCGGCAUGCGUUUGUGUGAGUGCGUUGUUAGUGCGUGAACAAGUAGACCUUGAGUUUUUCCAACCCCUUCUUCCGUCAUCAACUGUCAUCAUCAGCAGCAGUAUCAUUUGCAUCAUCCGGACGUUUAACGUCAGGAAGCGUUUUGCAGGAUACAAGUGACUGUGUGUGUAUGUGUGAAUGUGUGUGUGAUAUACUGUCGUUAAGGGAAAUUUGUUGAUUGGAAAGCAAUACUUCUUCAAAGGCAGCUAAAACUAUCCUCUUUGAAAAGGGAUUGUGACACAAAAAGGGGGAAAAGGCGACGAAAGGUGUAUGUGUGUUUGUGUGCGUCAUCAACGGUUGGCAAUGUUGAUACUCAGGUUACUACAGCUGGCAUGUGAUUGUGUAUAGAAUUUAGUACAGGCUGCUGUAGGUGUAUAUGUGUGUGUGAGUGUCACAUACAGCAAGAGUUGCCUUGUUCCAGUACUACAUGUAUGUGUGUGUGUGUUUUGGGCUGUAUGGAAGCAAUAGUGUGUUACAGCGAAGAAGAAGAAGUGUGCUAAUUGCUUCCGAAAAGAGUGUUUAAGAAAUGGCAAGAUGUGCAAAUGACACGCCAACGUCUGUAAAGUACAAGCAAAAGGUGAAAGCAAACGUUUGUGAGCAAAGAAGAGAGCGUCCCACGGGGAAGAGCAAGCAAGGCAACAAGUGAAGCAAAGUUCGGAAACGAUUGAAGUGACCACGAGUGGCCACGUGAAUAAGUUGUCCUGCGACGGUGGUGUGUUUGUGACAUUUCAAAGCAAGUGUGUAACAUUUCGUGGAAAACAAACGGUUGGCUCCAAAUUCGACCCCUCUGCUUCCAUUCCCCCCCCCACCACCCCGCAAUCCUGUGCAAUGCAGUGUAUUCGUAGUGUCGUCGGUGGUCCGAGUGGGGGAGCAGCAGCAGCAGCAGCAGGGAGUGCAGUGGAACGUAAAAUCCUGAUAAAGACGGAAGACUCACGUGGACUCGCGCACGGAGAACGGGGAGAGCAGGUGGAGCGAAGGUCACGCGAGGAGGGGACCGAGGGCUGCCGGUCCGGGCAGCAGGAGGCGCCGGACGAUAAGAAGGCCGCCGGCACUGCGCCAGAGGUGCGAACGUUCGUGCUGGGCGAAAACCAGUGCAUCGUGUACGGGGCCCGACCUGGGGACGGUUCAAGGCCAGCAGCGUCAUCACCAUCGUCCUCGUCCUCCGCCACACUCCAGCACCUUCCCAUCUCGCAUCUGCCACCGAAGAAAACGCUCAAACUCGCCCUCGGACUGCGGGGAGGCCCACUGUCCCCGUCGGCGUCAUCCCGGCAGCCGUCCCCACCUCCCCUAACACUGCGCCGCACGUCCGACGAACCGGACCGAAUGCUGGCCAGGAUACAGAUCGUGUCCCGGGCGCAUCCGGGUGACGAGGGGGAGGAGGAGGACCAGCAGCAGCACCAGCAGCAAUCCGGUGUGGUCGUCACCGGUGGACAGGGCGUGCACGUGAUAAGAGACGGCCGGUUCUAUCAACCUCAGCAGCAACAGCGCCACGAAGAGGCGAUGGUAGAGGACGAACCGGAGGAUGCACCACAUGGACAGUAUCAUGUCCCGCAGCAGCAGCAGCAGCAGCACCAUCACAGUAGCAUUAUCGUGGCGAACGGUGGCCGCUCCUCGCCACUUUCCCACCAGGGACGCCUUUCUCCUGCUGGCAGUGGAUGUGGCGGGGCGGCGGUGCAGCAUCCCCACACGUCCAGCAGCAUUACGACCACGACCACGAUCCUCGUGUCGAACGAGCGUGCUUCCAUCUACAAGCCGCCAACGCAGGCUACCUCUACCACAACGACGACGGUUUCAAGCAGCAAGCAGCAGCAGCAACACGGGCACGUGACCUCAAUGCAGCCUCCACCUCCGCCGCCACCACUGAAGAUGUCCAAGGGAGGCGGUGGUGGUGGUGGAGCAGGACACGAGGAGCCGUCCAGUUCCAUGCCGGAUUUGGAAUUCGAUGGCACAACCGUCCUGUGCCGUGUGUGCGGUGAUAAGGCGUCCGGUUUCCAUUAUGGCGUCCAUUCGUGCGAAGGAUGCAAGGGUUUCUUCCGGCGGUCGAUACAGCAGAAGAUCCAGUACCGACCGUGCACGAAAAAUCAGCAGUGCAGCAUACUGCGAAUAAACCGCAACCGCUGCCAGUACUGCCGAUUGAAGAAGUGCAUCGCCGUCGGCAUGAGUCGUGACGCCGUCAGGUUUGGGCGGGUGCCGAAGCGGGAAAAGGCCCGCAUACUGGCCGCGAUGCAGCAGAGCACGCAGAACCGGGGCAACCAGCGGGCCCUCGCCAGCGAGCUCGACGAUCAGCCCCGGCUGCUCGCCAGCGUCCUCCAGGCGCACAUCGAAACGUGCGAGUUUACGCGCGAAAAGGUCGCCGCCAUGCGCCAGCGGGCCCGCGACUGCCCGAGCUACUCGAUGCCGACACUGGCCUGUCCCCUAAACCCAGCGCCCGAGCUACAGUCGGAGCAGGAGUUUAGCCAGCGCUUCGCCCACGUCAUCCGGGGCGUGAUCGACUUCGCCGGCAUGAUACCCGGCUUCCAGCUGCUGACGCAGGACGACAAGUUCACGCUGCUGAAGGCGGGCCUGUUCGAUGCGCUGUUCGUGCGCCUGAUCUGCAUGUUCGACACGUCGAUCAACUCGAUCAUCUGCCUGAACGGGCAGGUGAUGCGGCGCGACACCAUCCAGAACGGGGCGAACGCUCGCUUCCUGGUGGACAGCACGUUCAACUUUGCGGAGCGAAUGAACUCGAUGCAGCUGACCGACGCCGAGAUCGGGCUGUUCUGUGCGAUCGUGCUGAUCACGCCCGACCGGCCCGGGCUGCGCAACGUCGAGCUGAUCGAGCGCAUGUACACGAAGCUGAAGGCCUGCCUGCAGUCGGUCAUCUCGCAGAACCGCCCGGACAAGCCGGAGUUUAUGCAGGAGCUGCUGCGCACGAUGCCCGAUCUGCGCACGCUCAGCACGCUGCACACGGAGAAGCUGGUCGUGUUCCGGACGGAGCACAAGGAGCUGCUCCGGCAGCAGAUGUGGUCGGCGGAGGAGGACCAGGGCGCGGUGCUGGACGCGAAGAGCCCGGCCAGCUGGAGCUGCGACGGCAACCAGGUCGAGGUGGAGAUCGCCAAGAGCCCGAUGAGCUCCGUCUCCAGCACGGAGUCCACCGAAACGUCCUCCUCCUCCUCCUCCUCCUCCUCGUCGUCUGAGUACCAUCACCUGCACCAUCACCAUCACCAGCACGGUGGCAUUUCGUCGGCGGCUUCCGCGGCGGCUCCCCUGCUCGCUGCCACCCUGUCCGGCGCCUGUCCAAUCAUUCGGCAUCGGGCCAGCUCGGGCUCGUCGGCGGAGGACGAUCUGAUCGGCGGCACGGCGCAACAUCUCGCCCAGAACGGGCUCACCAUCACGCCCGUCAUCCGGUCCGUCGGUUCGUCGUCGUCGUCGUCCGCCUCGUCCGCGUCCUCGUCGUCCGCUUCGUCCGGGGCGGGCGCAAGCCAUCUGCACCAUCACCACCACCAUCAUCACGUGUCGCGGUACCGCAAGCUCGACUCGCCGACCGACUCCGGCAUCGAGUCGGGCAACGAGAAGCACGACAAUCCGUCGCCCCAGCAGCAGCAGCAGCAGCUCCACCAUCAGCAGCACCACCAUCUGCUGCUCCAUCCGAAACCGGCCAGUAGCAGCGUAAGCAGCGGUUCGUCGUCUUGCUCCAGCCCGCGGUCGUCGCUCGAAGACCCAGCGCUGGAGGACAGCAGCAGCAGCAGCAACGGCAAGGCGCCCUCCCUGGCACGGCACGCCAGCGUCGACAACAUGCCGGUGCUGAAGCGCGUCCUGCAAGCGCCACCGCUCUACGACACCAACAGCCUGAUGGACGAGGCGUACAAGCCGCACAAGAAGUUCCGCGCCAUGCGCCACCGGGAGAGCGAGGCGGAAGCCGCUUCCUCCUCUACCACCACCACUAGCGCGAGCGCCGCCCCGUCCCCGUCGGCGACCGUGCUGGCGUCGUCGUCCUCACCGCGCCCGGCCUCGGUGCCCCAGCCGCAGCAGUCCGUGGUGGCAAUCGCCGCCCCAUCACCACCCCAGCAGCCUGCGCAGCAGCCGCCCCAGCACCAUCAGUCGCAGCUGCACAUGCAUUUAACGCGACCGCAGACGACGCAGUCCCACCAAAGUAGCGCCGCCGGCUUCUUGCAGUCGACGUCCGCGCGGUCCAGUCCGCAGCCUCCGCAGCAGCAGCAGCAGCACCACCACGCCUACUCGUCCCUCUCGAGCACGCACUCCGUGCUGGCCAAAUCGCUGAUGGAGGAGCCGCGCAUGACGCCCGAGCAGAUGAAGCGCACCGACAUCAUCCACAACUACAUCAUGCGCGAGUCGGCCCAGGAGCAGCAGCAGAACUACAUCAAGCAGCAGCAGCAGCAGCAGCAGCAGGGAGGACUGUUGGUGUGUGGUGCCAGCGCCGCCAACGGUGUGUUCCAGCGGGCCUCACCGCAUCUCACCGUGUCGGCCGUAUCGCCCGCCCCCUCGUCCUCGUCCUCCAGUGGAAGCAGUCCGGCGGCGGCGGCCGCCCCGACCGGUGGCUGUCCGUUUGGAGGUUCGUCGUCUAGCGCCUCAGCCGGGCGAUGGCAGCAGGUGAUACCGGCAGUGACGGCCAGCGUCAUCACGACGACGGGCGGCCACCGGGCACAGCAGACCCCGUCCCCGGGCAGUCUCACCCCGCCGGAUACUUCCUCCUCCUCGUCCUCCUCCUCGCUGUCGGUGGUUUCGUCGCCACCGUCGGCUGCCUCGCCGUCCUCGUCCUCCUCCUCCGCCACCAGCAUCCGCUACUUCCAGUCGCCCCACUCGACGAUGACGUCACCCGCACCGCCCGCCUCCCCCUCGUCGGUGGUGGUCGUGGCGCCCCCGCACACCCCCUCGCCCCGGCUCAUCGAGCUGAAGGUGGACAUUGGCAGCAGUGCCACCGCCACCACCUCCCUCGAUCCGUGCCACCAGCAACCGUUGAACCUGUCGAAGAAGUCACCCUCGCCGGCGCCCACGCCUGUGUCCGUCGUCCAGCGGUCCAUCGUGGGGGGACCGUCGGCCCUCUCGCCGGUCGGUGCCGCCACGACGGUCGUAGUGGCCACCAGCAGCAGCAGCAGUAAUGCCGCCACCAGCAGCAGCAGCAACAAUCCCACCAUCCACAAGAUCCUACUCGAGGCGUAAACACAGCAAACAGGCGUUCGCGGGCGAAUCCUACCACAAACAAAAGAAACCACAAGAGGCAGACCAGUAGCAGCAGCAGGAGGAUGGGGAUCAGUGGGAGAGAAUGAUUGCGCAUUCGCAGAAGAAAAAAACACUACAUCUACAAGUUGUACAAAUUUUUAAUGUGUUAAGAAGACGAACCUCCGGACAAGCCUAAAAAACGCACGGUAAAACACUCACACACACACAUCAUGAGAGAAGGAUAAAGGGGGGAGAGGAUGUAUUAUAGUAUUUUAGUGGCCGAAUGAUCUACAAAUGCGAAACUACAAUGUGAAGCCAAAAACGUGUGUGUGCGUGUGUGUGUGUGUUGGUGGGAGCAGAACGGGAAGAGGGGAUGAUGGUGUGCGUGCGUGUGCGUGUGUGUGUGUUGCUCUUAUAGAUCUCGAUUUUUGUUUUAUUAAAAGAAAGCUGUGGACACACGUGGAGAAGAGACUACUACGGCGACUGCAAGUGCAGGCGACGAACCUCAACAAAAAUCCCCUCUCUUCUCCACGCAAUGCGCAUAUGUGUGUGCUUCUAUCCAAUGGGCCGGUGUCGGAUCGGGUGCAAAACAAAAUAGGGAAGGAGAAUAUCCUAGUGUGAUGAUGGCACGCCGCCACUAGCAAGCCAGGAGCUGUAAUAGUAAUAGGUUUUAGUGCGUGCGUGAGACAAGGAAGACGACGGUGACGUUAGUAGUUUUUAAGAACAAUUCCCACGAGCAGCUCUGAUGCGUAGAUAUGUAUGUAUGUGUGCGUGCGUAAGUGUGUGUGUGCGUGUUAAGAAUCAAUAAUUUUGAUGAACAAAACAGCGAAGAGAGCGAAGUUACUGCAAACAGCCAAACCUAUAUAGAAGCUUAGUGAGAAGCGAAGUAUAUUAAAAGAAAACGGCAACACAAAUACACUCACCUCACAGGCAAACCCACAGUACAUAUGGUAUGGAAGUAUGGAGGUUUUUUUUUUAACUUCUGUUGUACAGUAGUAGUAGUAGUAGUAGUGGCACAAGUGCAAAGCGAAGCAAGAGGAGCAAGAUAAAACACGCAAAAUGUAUAUGCUAAGAGAAAAAAAAAACAAGGGAAAACCCCACUCACUCACAAACACACAUAAACAUAAAUAUCCUAGAAUGGUUGAACGAAAAAAAAAACAACAACAAACAAAACUUUGCAAAGACACUCACAGAGAGAGAGAGAGAGAAAAGAAAAAUAACAGAAACUAUUUAAAAGAAGAAAAGAAGAAUAGUAGCACACAACCACUUUAUGCGCUUUUCUAAAAGCAAUGAGAGAAAUAGCGAUUUUUUAAAAACAGGAAAAGGAUAACCGAAACACAAACUAAAAUUGAGAAUGAACAAAACAAACACACCACACACAACACGGAAUCAGAUUCAGGUAAAAUGAAAAAAAAAGGUGGCAGCCACUGGCAGAUAAUGCAAGUAUAGGGAGUUAUAAUAUAGGGGAAGCACGCAUGCAGAAACGUUAAAGUUUUGAUUGAGCCUUGAGCAAACAAGGUUAACUGAGAGGGGGAGGAAAACAAAAACAUGGUACAUACAAAUUGUGAACAUAUAAAAAACCAACACAAAAAGAGAAGCAAGCCAGAAAAAGGGUAUAACGUUACGUGUAAAUAGUUCUUUAGCGAUAGUGUGUGCAAAAAAAAACAAAACAAAACGAAGUGAUGAGGAAUGAAUGCAAUACACAGAGAGUAACACAGCAGGAGAGUAAUCAACCUAAACAUAUUCAAAACAAACAAAAAACCGCACACAGAAAAAGAGAGAGAGAGAUUACAAAAACAGCAACAACAAAAAAAAGCAAAGAAAUAAUUAUACAAGAUGAAAAAGAAAAGCUAUAAUAUUCCGCCAGAUUAAAAGAGAAGGAGAAAGAGAAAGAGAGAAAGUAAAACAGAUAUAAUUUAACGAAACGUUAUAAUGAGAGAGAGAAAAGUUUGUGGUGGUGUGCGUGUGAUAAGAAAGCAGAGAAAGAGGUUAUUAAAAAAACAAUAAGAAGAGCUACUAAAAGAAGGAUAGAAAACAGAAGCAAAAACAAACGUGUACAAGUAAACUAAGAAACAAAAAAAAACAUGCAACAUGAGAUUCUUACAGGAAGAAGAGGGAGUAUGAAUGGAGAGAACGAGAGAACGGAGUGCAAAGCAAAGCAAUGAAUGAAGUCACAAACUAUUACUAUGCCUACUACAACUACACCACACUACACAGGACACACAAACAAAGAAACAAAACUGAGGAAGAGGGGAAGAAAACAGCCGAACAGAAGCCGAGCAGGAGACGGAGAAUGAGAUUUGAACUGAUUUUUGUUUAAGCAUUUUCUCUGCUUUUUUUGAGUCAUUUUCCCCCAAACUCCAGCAACAAAACACACACACACACACACGCGUACGCAUGUAUAAGAAACAGUCCUUUUGUUUUUAGUGGUCGAGUGAUUAAGUGAGAGAGAGGGAGAGCGAAAGAGAGAGAGAAUAAUUGCCUAGCAUGUAGUGGUAGCGAUUAUCAUUCUUUACUAUUAUUAUCUUAUUCUAAUUUUAUUGUAAUUUUAAUUCCAAAACAAUCGAGCGAUGCGAGUGUGUUUGUGUGUAUGUGUGUGCGUGUAUAUAUAGAGAGUGUGAGCUAGUGUGAGUGUGUGUACGCGAAGAACCGGUUAGGUAGAAUCCAAUUUUAACACUAAUUUACUUGUUUCAUUUACUACUUUUGUUUUGCUAUUUGGCUCUGCCGGAAUUAUGUUUCGGUUAUCCUCCUUUUUCCGAGCUUUUUCUUAGUUUUUCCAUAAAGCCAAUUGUUUUCAUAGGUUUACUUUUCUCUCUGCUCUUAAGAUGCUGUGCUAGCAGUUUUGUGUAGCAAGUUGCAAAUGUGUGUGUUAGGUGUGUGUUGUGGGUGUGUUGUACACCGUACUGGUUUAGUUUAUUUAUUGAAACCCUUUUUUCCCCUUAGUUUUUCUGUUUAGUGCUGUUUUGUUUUGUUUGUUUGUUUUUUUUAAUGAACUAUGUAGACCCAAUUGCUUUUAUUAUCUUUUGUAACGGUUUUUUUUUUUUUAAUAUUCUUUUAGUUCUAUUUUCUAUCUUCGUUCGUGUUAGGUUUACUCUUGUUUAUCACUCUUUGUUGCGCUUCGCUUUCUAAAGAAGUGGACCUGUCCCUUUGCUGUCGCUUUACUAGCUCUAGCAGUUUAGAAUGAUUUUGUUCGUUCCUUUUUUUUCGUUAGCUUUGAAUUUGAAAUUCCACAAUGAACAGAAACAGAAACGAAACAAAAAGGGCAAAGGCGCGCGCGCGUGCGAGGACGAUCGGUUAAGUGUGUAAAAAGUUAAUUUUCAUAAAAUAGACGAAAAGAAAAAAAACAAACACAACUCCCCCCAUGUAUUGCAUAAGCGGUAAGAUUAAGUGUCAGCGUUUAGAGCGUUUUUUUUUUGUUUUUACACAACUAAGUUAUGCUAAGUAAGUAAGAAAGAAAACCCCAAACUAGGAGAGGAGAAGGAGAAGGAAACGUGAUGGAAAAGCAAAAGUGAAAAACACUGUGAAUGUAUGUGUAUGUGUGUGUGUGUUUGAGUGCAACACAUUACGCAAAAUACCAUUACACAAAGCAAACCGAAAACUCAAACAUACACACAAACACACACACAGACACACGCACACAAACUUAGUUUCAUACACAAAUUAAGAAAAGAGGGAGAGAAAAAAUACAAAAACAAAAAAGGGAUUAUGUGUGCAGCGGAUGAUUAAAAGGAAAAACGGUAAAACACUGCAAAAAACAACCAUUUCUUAUUUUUAAUUUUUAAGUAUAAAAGCAACAACCUAGCAGAGGACGAAGUGCAAGAGAGAAAGAGCGAGAGAGCAUGAGAGAAAGAGAGAGAAGUAAGAGAAAACGAGUUUCCUUAAUUGAUUAAAUGUGCGUUUUUUUUUAUUUAUACACUAUAAGACAAUUAAAAUAAACUGAUUUUAAUACAACAAACAAAUAAAACAAGCAAAAAAUCAUAAGCAUUGAAAAUUGAA